UCAUUUUAACAAAUUUUAAGCAGAAUAUUUGUGUUUUUUUUACCUAUAUAAAUGCUAAAAACAUGGGUAAAAGCCUUCAUGAAAGACGAGUUUGAAUUUCAAAUAAAGUUUAAACUUUUACUUGAGUAACAAGCUUGAAAGAAGCGAAAAUAUAUCUAAAAUCAACUAAAAAUCAUGUCUACACGAUCUAAAAAGAAGAUUCAACAAAAAUCACAAGCAGAACAUCAUACAAACAAACACAUUACCAGUUCAUGGGUGUUAAUGGUUAAGGAUGAAUUAUGUAAGAAUGAGAACUUUUCUAUAAUAACACUUCCACAUCCAUCUCAUGGGGGCCCCAGUAAGUUCUGCGUAGAUACAUCAAACAAGAAGAUGUAUGAAGUGGUCACAUACAGCGAACCAUAUCGGUCAUGGUUUAUUGGAGAAUCUGUGAAAUCCAAUGGAGACCUGCUAAUGGUGACACCUUUCAAUGCAGUGUUUCUUAUACUACCAAGGCUGAGGGAACAGUGUAAGAGCCGAGCUAUACCUUUAGAAGAUUUGCUGUCUGAAAAGGGGUUUACAAAAAUCCUAGAUUUAAUAAGAUUGGAUGACGUAGCUGAUGUUAAGGAAGUGGGAGAUAUAAAGGCAUUUAAAUAUAAUGAAAAGAAAGCCAUUGACUGGUUGGAAAAAAGAGUCAGAAGGUUGGCCAAUGUGUUGAAAGAAAAAAAUAUCCAUGUCACAUCCGGAGCUGCAUCUGCUACAUUUGUAUCCAGCAGUAUAAGUGAUAUAGACCCUGAGCUAUAUUUAAAAUAUGCAUUUGGAAUAGUAUCAGAAUACCUAGAUGAUUAUUUUAGUGGUCAGCUAGAAAAACAUUUCAACUUUCCUGCCGACACAAUUGAAACUGUUGGCAAUAAGAGAAAAACUGAAGAAAAUGAUAAUGGUGUUUCUAAAAAGUUAAAAUACGAGAAUAAUGGCGAAGAAGAAAACAUUAAUUUCAUAAAUAUUAAGUCGCCAGAAACAAAAGCAGUAAAGUCAUUAACGGCUAAAGAAAAAGCGCGACAGAAAGCUGCAAGCGGCUCCAAAACUAUCUCAUCUUUCUUUACCAAAAAAUGAUAUUUAUACUUAAUUAAAAAAUAAAAAUAAAUACUAAAAUGU